GCUGCAUCCUGUUCACACGGGCACGCGCAUGCGCAGACGUUCUGUUUGUCCAGAUGAAGUGCCACUUUUACGAGCUUCAACAAACGCAACUGUCGACCGCGGGGGGUUGUGGGUAAUGAAACACGUCGGCGUGUCGUGUUGAGAGAAGGCAACAUGAUGACCGGGAAGACGGUGAUAGUGACCGGCGGCAGCAGCGGGAUAGGAAGAGCCACGGCCGCGGGCAUCGUGAGGCUCCAGGGCCGCGUGAUUCUGGCAUGCCGGGACCGGAGCAGAGCGGAGGAGGCUGCCCGGGACAUCCGACAGCAGAGCGGGGUGGACGGCGCUCUGCUGGUCGUCAAACAGCUGGAGCUCUCCUCGCUCACGUCUGUGCGCACGUUCUGUAGAGACGUCAUACAGGAGGAACCUCGGCUGGAUGUGCUGAUCAACAACGCUGGGGUCUACCAGUGUCCCUACACCAGAACGGAGGAUGGCUUUGAGAUGCAGUUUGGGGUCAACCACCUGGGACAUUUCCUGCUCACCCACCUGCUGCUGAACCUCCUGAAAGCCUCAGCUCCUAGUCGCGUGGUGGUGGUCUCCUCCAAGCUCUACAAGCACGGUCACAUUAACUUCGAGGACUUGAACAGCGAGCAGAGCUACGACAAAGCCUUCGCCUACAGUCGCAGCAAACUAGCCAACCUGCUGUUCACCGAUGAGCUGGCGCGUCGACUGGAGGGCAGCGGCGUGUCUGUGAACGCUCUGACUCCAGGUAUAGUGAGGACUAAUCUGGGGAGGCAUGUUCACGUCCCGGUGUUGGCUAAGCCCCUGUUUGACCUGAUCUCCUGGGGUUUGUUCAAGAGCCCUGAAGAAGGAGCUCAGACCUCGGUCUAUUUGGCCUGCAGCCCAGAUGUGGACGGUGUGCAGGGCAAGUGCUUUGCAGAUUGUAAGCCUCAGGUUCUACUGGGCAAGGCCACCGACCAGGAAGUGGCCAGCAAACUGUGGGACAUUAGUGAAGUCAUGGUGGGCAUAACCAUGUGAGAUCUAACAUGAGUUCAGGCAUGCUCAUCCAGAAGUGAAGUGUCUGGAAUCAUGAACAGUGUUAAAUAUUCAGUGCCUUGAUUUGUACAAAGAUUAGUUCCAAACAGUUACUGAUGCUUGGUCAUCCAUCCAUCGCUUCACUAAACAAUAAGAUCACAGCAUUACGUUCCAGUCUGGUUUCCUGAAGUGGCAUACUGGUGUGGUUGUCAUGGUAUCGGCUCAGAGCAUUCAUAUUAAUGCUGCAGUGAGCUGACAUGGAGGAACAUCUUCAUAUUGGCUCGGCCUGCUUUAACAGGGUAAACAGUAUCAACAGUUGGGCAUCUGCUUGCAGUCACAGAAUGGCCUAUUCUGUCUAUGAUUAUUAUUUGUACGGAUUCUUUUUCCUACAAAACCCAUUUCUUUCUAAUUCAGCUUUUUCUUACAUGAGCACACUACUUCCUUCCAAAGGUUGAACAGCUUUGGUUAAUACACAUUAGAGUUUUAUGCAUGUCCUUUAACUGUGUGCUCAUCUCGCUGGCUCCAAGUCGUACGGGGCCUGGUUGGAAAACGUGAUAUUUCCAUGCACCUUUCAAAAGUUAGCUCUCAAUAUAUGAUGGUGUAUUGUUUGAUUACUGCCACUAUGGAAUUACUGUCCAAACAAGUAGCUGUUGCAAGAUCAUUGCCCAAAUCAAAUAGUCGAACAUAGAAACAAUGAUCUGUGACUUUCUGAUCAAAGAAUAACUAAACCAGAUUAUAAAUCUGAGCAGACAUUUGAGUCUUUCAGUGUUCGACAGUUUCAUUCUUGACACGCUUGGCUGCAUCCUGAACCAGUGUUGUCCACACCAGCCACAGAGCACUACUGGUUAACCCUGCAUUGUGUCCACAUGGUCUAAUCAGGGCUGAGCUCCACACAGUUAAUUAAGUAAUGUUUCAUUUGUCCCUAGCUUUGAUAACCAUUCAACACAUUUACUUUUUAAAUUUCAUUUUGGACUAUGAAGAGUAACAAUUUUUUGAUGCUUUCUUUUUUUUAAUUGAAGAAUUGACCGUGAACCUGGAAAAAAAAUAAAUGGUCAUGCUAUUGCAGUACAUAGUGGGGAGUUAUUUAAAUAAAUGUUGUAUCACAGUGUAAAUCUCUCAAUUCAUGCUUUUAACAUAAAGAAACAGUGUUGGGAGUAUUUGGGACUGAAAUCGCCUCACCUCUAAAAAUGCACGGUUGUAAAGUGUGAGGAGCUGCUCGUUUGGAAGUUUCUAAACUUUGUCUUUGUCAUUUUCUUAUGUUGCAUUGCUCUUAAUACUUUAAGCUGCAGCUGCUGUUGCUAUGGAGAGAAGAUCAGAAAGAGGAAACAAACCACCGCACCAUAUUCUGAACAUUUUACAGAACUUUUCCAUAUUCCUUGGAUGCUUUAAAACGGAAUUUAUUUAUUUUUUAUUUCAAUUUUAUUCCUAAUAAGAAACCAUAGCAACGUAGUGAGGUUAUAAACUCCAGGAGGAUCACUGCUACUCUGUUAUUCUGCGUUAUAUUUUGGGUGUCCGGUUACGGCUGAAUGCUCCAGGACGUCAAGUAGUUGCCGUGACUCACACUUUCUAAACCCUUUUGACCGCCUCCUGACUCCUUGCUCACUACUCUUAUGCGGCCCCCAGCUGCUAGGGGCCCACAGUGGUAACGCAGUGCAUCUCCGAAACAAUCUACUUGUUUCUACUUAAAGAAGUAGAUUUAUAUCACAAACACUCAGAAAUAGAUAUAAAUAACUUGUUAGGAAGACGAUUUUUGCAAUGAAUUCAUUACUGAUGAUUACCAUGAAGUGCUGCGAACGUCAGCCACC